UCCCCCGCCUCCUGCCCCCAGAUACACACGCUGCCCAUGCACCAUAUAGGCGAGCCUAAUGCCUUCGCCAGCGCACAGGGAGCAGAGGCUGCGUCUCGGAGGCAGCUGGCACCCAGCGCUAGGGCCAGAUACGGAUAUAAAUACAGAUACGGAGAAGACGCUUCCAAUCUAAGGGCUUUGCGCCUGGAUCGUCCGUCGUCGACACCGGCCGCGUUUUCAGCUUUUGUUUUGUUUUGUUUUCCCCCUCCUCCCCCCUCCCUCGGCCGCCUUCCGGCCCCCACAGGCUCCCUCUAAACUUCAGCGGAGCGGGGCGGGAGGAGCGAGCGGGCAGAGGUGGAGCCGACGGGAACUUGCGGCAAGUUUGCAGCGAGAUCCGGAGAGGAGCCGCUUGGCCGCCGCAAGAAGCGCGAUCGCUGGCCGGCCGCCUUGACGCCGCCCGUCGUCUUCCUACUGCGCCCUCGACGGCUGCGAGGAGCUGGUCGUGACGAGCGCAGGAGGGGUGCUGGCUUCUGAGCAGCCCGGAGGGGGAAAUCCAGCCCGGGAUCUCGAGGGUCGUCAACCUGUUCCAGGAAGAGACCGGCGAGCGAGGAUGACGGCCGGAGAGGAAGCGUCUUUCUCCCCGUCCACAUAGGAAAGUUGACGGAGAGAGACGGGCGGGCACCGGACAGCCAGGCUGAGGGUCUCUGCGGGAAGCGGACAGCUCCCGUCCCCCUCUCUCUGGCAAUCCAGAUCGAUUUUAGAUUGGUGUAUUGGACUCCAGAGAAUAACACUCGUAACUAAGUUUUUUGGCCUGCUCGAACCGUCGGGUUUAAACUUUUCUCGGCGGCCAGUCAUGCUGCCGGUGACGACAGUCCGGGGCUCCUUUGCUGUCCUCCAGUCGGCUGUCAAAUGCCCCGAUUCCCACCAAGAGUAAAGGCCAGUCGGACUUGGGUGUUGCAGGGAGCGCUUUGCAUCUACUCGAGCUAAGGAGCGGGCCAUUGGAGGGUGGGGGGCGUCGGGGAACGGGACCCGAGGAGCAGGAGGAGAACCGACGGCGCGCCUAACCACCGCCAGUUAUAGGCCGUGGCAGGGAGACUGCGGCGGGCUUUUGCCGGAGCACGUUUCGGGGUUCGGAGAGAGGGGGCAGGCACCCCCGAAUUUGGGCGUCCGGAGCGCAGGAGCCACCAUUGAUUUCCUCCGGGUGGCUCGCAGCGACGGGCUGGGCGCUGCCGCCGCCGCUGCCGCCGCUGCUGCUGCCGCCGCGGGCAUGGCCAAGCCGGUGGACCACGUCAAGCGGCCCAUGAACGCCUUCAUGGUGUGGUCGCGGGCGCAGCGGCGCAAGAUGGCUCAGGAGAACCCCAAGAUGCACAACUCGGAGAUCUCCAAGCGCCUGGGCGCCGAAUGGAAGCUGCUGAGCGAGGCGGAGAAGCGGCCCUUCAUCGACGAGGCCAAGCGCCUGCGGGCCAUGCACAUGAAGGAGCACCCCGAUUACAAGUACCGGCCGCGGCGAAAGCCCAAGACGCUGCUCAAGAAGGACAAGUUCGCUUUCCCCGUCGUGCCCUACGGCUUGCCCGACGCCGCCGAGCAUCACGCGCACCAUCUCGGCCACCACCACCCGGCCCUCAAAGCGGGCGCCCUCCACGGCCACGAAGCCCUGCUGGCCAACCCGGAGAAGGCGGCCGCAGCCGCCGCAGCUGCGGCCGCGCGCGUCUUCUUCCCCCCGACGGCGGCCGCGGCUGCGGCGGCUGCUGCAGCGGCGGCUGCCGGCAGCCCUUACUCUCUGCUCGACCUGGGCUCCAAGAUGGCAGCGGAAAUCUCCUCGUCGGCGUCUGGAGGCUCGGGCGGAGGAGGCGCGGCGUCGGGGCUGCCCUACGCCUCAUCGCUGGCUUACCCGACGGCUGGAGGCGCUUUCCACGCGGCGGCGGCGGCGGCUGCCGCGGCUGCGGCCAGCGGCGGCCACACUCACUCGCACCCGUCCCCGGGUAACCCGGGCUACAUGAUCCCCUGCAACUGCAGCGCCUGGCCCAGCCCGGGGCUCCAGCCGCCGCUGGCCUACAUCCUCCUGCCGGGCAUGGGCAAGCCCCAGCUGGACCCCUACCCCGCGGCCUAUGCGGCGGCGCUAUGACAUCCUGCCCCCCACGUUGGACCCCUGUACAGAGGAAGCCUGUGGGGCGCCUGGGGGCUGGACUCCGACGCCGGACUCUAGCCGACGGGACCCUCUUCUUCCCAGCCUGAUGCUGCUGUUGCCGCCGCCGCCGCGGGGCCCUCCAGCCAUCUGCUCUACGGGGCCGCCGACUGGGGUGUCCGGACGAGAACAUUUCGCCUCUCCAUCCGUCUUGUCGCCUCCCUCGCCGUCCGUCCAUGUCUCCAACCUGUUGCCUUCCCUUCCCCACUCCAGAAUCUGCUCGCGCUGCUCCUCUCCUCGGGUUUCCUCGACGGAUUUGUUGGAGGGUGAUGGGUGGAGAGAGAGGAGAGAGGUCGUGCGUCUCCCGCUGGAGACGCUUCGGGUAGCCCGUUGCCUUGUCUCCUCGACGUCUCUUGGGAUUGCCUUUUCCUUUUCUUUUCUCUCCCCUUAACCUCUCCUCC